CGGCCCUGAUCAGGAAGUGAAUCUGUGGGAAAUAGAAAAACGGUCCCUAGAAUGACAUAGAAGCGGGUGAGGUGGGGUAGACCGAGACACCGGGACUAACGCAGGACUCGACACCUAUUUGGCUUCAUCCAGGUGCAAAAGCACGUUAUCUUUGGAAGGCAUAAAGCACCGGAGAAAAUGCUGAUUAAAGAAUUUCGAGUGAUCCUACCGAUUUCUGUGGAGGAGUAUCAGGUCGGGCAGCUGUACUCCGUAGCGGAGGCCAGUAAGAACGAGACAGGUGGAGGAGAGGGCGUUGAGGUCCUGAAGAACGAACCCUAUGAGAAGGAUGGAGAGAAGGGACAGUACACACACAAAAUCUACCACCUGCAGAGUAAAGUCCCGUCAUUUGUACGAAUGCUUGCACCAGCGUCAGCACUGAACAUUCAUGAGAAAGCUUGGAACGCCUACCCAUACUGCCGCACAGUAAUUACUAAUGAGUAUAUGAAAGAAAACUUCCUCAUCAAGAUCGAGACGUGGCACAAACCCGACAUGGGACAGCAGGACAAUGUUCACGGGCUAGACCCAGACACCUGGAAGAAGGUGGAGGUGGUGUACCUAGACAUCGCAGACCGCAGUCAGGUGGAGCCAAAGGACUAUAAACCAGAUGAAGACCCCACUAAGUUUAAGUCUGUAAAGACUGGAAGAGGGCCGCUCGGUCAGGAUUGGAAGAAAGAGCUACCUAAAAGGACAGACUGCCCACACAUGUGUGCCUACAAACUGGUUACUGUCAAGUUCAAGUGGUGGGGCCUGCAAAACAAAGUGGAAAACUUUAUUCAAAAGCAAGAGAAGCGCUUGUUCACUAAUUUCCACCGGCAGCUGUUCUGUUGGAUUGAUAAAUGGAUCGAGCUGAACAUGGACGACAUCCGCAGAAUGGAGGAAGAGACCAGGAGGGAACUGGAUGAGAUGAGAGUGAAGGAUCCAGUGAAAGGCAUGGUGGCUCUUGAAGACUGAAGCUGCUACGUGUUCCUGGAUGCUGCUGUUCAUAAAGAUCAGACCUGAACUACUGGAGACCAGCAGCAUCCCUCCCCUCAAUCAAAUCAAAGCAACAUGUCUUUUUAAUCAUAAUCAAAGUCCUUCAUCCAGCCCUUUUGGUGCAGUUUGUCCUGAGCAUCCUUCAUAUCCUCCUUUCAGUCUGACAGUGGAGCACAUUGACUAGUUAAAUAGGCUAUUAUACCGGUUCUAACGUCAUGCCCAGUUUAUGAAGUCUACCUACUUAAACAAAUACAGGGACGAUCAGCAGUUCGUCAUUUAUGAUGUCAGAUCAUUACCUUAAUAAAUGGAGCUCGGCAGAAUUGUGUUUUAAGAUGAGUUUAAUGUAAAGCAGAUGAUAUUUGUGUGCAUAUAUAUUCAGAAUAUCUAUUGGCAGUGAAAUUAUUGUGACAGAUGUAUAAACAGGGUUUUUAAGUAAUUGUCCUCCUAAAUUUUUUUUUUUUUUGUGGACCAAGCCGGGUUUUCCUUGUUUU